AUGGAUAGAGCAAAAGAAGAACAUAAUAUUAAAUAAAAGGCAUCAACACCUUCUUUUUUAAUUAAAACUUACGACAUUCUAGAAGUAAUCAAAUAUUAUCUAUAUUUUUAAUGUAGAAUCCUGAUUAUAAUGAUAUUAUAUCUUGGAAUGAAGAAGGUACUGCAUUUGUUGUAAAAAAUGUUAAUGAAUUGGCUGAGAAAGUACUAUGACCUAAAAAUAGAAUAGGUAUUGCCUAACCAUUUCAAACAUAAUAAUUAUGCUUCUUUUGUAAGAUAAUUGAAUAUGUAUGAUUUUCAUAAAAUGAAAAAUGAAGGGGGAGAUAAUGAAUUUAGACAUAAAUAUUUUUAGAGAGGAAAUAAGUAAUCAUUAAUUCUUAUGAUAAACAGACAUUUACUAUGUGAAAUUAAGAGAAAAUAAGGAGAUUAGGUUGAGUAGUUUGACGAUAGAAAUUAAAAUUCAAGUUAGAAUUGUAAAAUUAUUUGUCAUUUAUAAUAGCCAAUAAUUCCAUGGAAGUAGAUAUGUCUAAGCUAAAAAAUGAUUAUUAAUUUUUUCUUAAUGAAAUGUUAGGCAUUAAAGGAAAGUAACAUGAAUUACAAAAAGCAUUAAUCUUAAUAAUGACUUAAAACGAUCAUUUGAUCAAUGAAAAUAAAUUAUUGUGGCAAGUAAUCAAUUAUAACUUAAUAAUUUCCUUAGGAAAUCAAAAGAAUUCGGGAAACUGACGAAAGAAAAAUUGACACUUUAUCUUACUUAUUAGCCACAUUAAUUACUAACAUGAAUUAAUCUUAAAACUAAUAAACUGUCCAAUAACUUGUAGGUGUCUAAGUACCACAAUAAACUUAAAUUCCACAACAAGAGCCAAGUAAUGUAUUAUUUAAAAAAAUAGAUAAUCAUGUUGAUCAAUAGUUUAAUAAUCUUUUAAAUCUUUAACAAUUAAAUCAAAAUAGUAUUAUAUUUAAGUAAAUUAAAAGAGCCUGGAUAGUAAAAGGAUCCAAAAUAAAUUUAAGAACAUAAUUCAUUUCUGGAAAAAAUUAUGAAAACAUAAUAGUAAUAAGAAUAGUAGUUGCAAUCAAGUAAAUAUAUUUUAUCUUAUAUUAUAGUCAAAUAAGAUAUUUCUUAAUAUGAUAACAGUUUUAUGAAAAAACAAUGCAAUAAUUAAUUUUAAAGAUAACCACAACACAUGGAUUCUAAUUUCAUGGUAUAAUAAAAUAGUCAAGCCUUGAUUUAAUGUAAGUUUUUGUUGAAUUUGUAGAACUUAUGAGCCUCUCUUAAUAAUAAUAAUCACAGUAAUAGUAGCAAUAAGGUCAAUAAUUCUAGAACAAUUUUUAGAAUUAUUUUGGAUAAAAUAAGGGUAAUGAAAAUUUUAGAGGAUUUCCAUUUUUAUGA